AUGUUGACCCAUGCAAACACAGAAACCGCAAAGAUCGUCGUGUCAAAGCCAGUGGUAGAGCUCGAUGGAGACGAGAUGACCAGAAUCAUAUGGAAGAAGAUCCGAGAGGAGCUCAUCUUGCCAUAUCUACAACUGGACAUCAAAUACUACGAUCUGGGGCUGGAAUACCGAGAUCAGACAAACGAUCGAGUCACCGUAGAGGCGGCUAACGCAAUUCUAGAGCACAAAGUUGGCAUCAAGUGUGCUACUAUCACUCCCGAUGAGGCCCGAGUAGAAGAGUUCAAGCUCAAGGAGAUGUGGAGGAGUCCAAAUGGCACAAUUCGCAAUAUCCUCGGCGGCACUGUUUUCCGUGAGCCUAUCAUUCUGCAACGGAUUCCCAAGCCUGUUCCCGGAUGGAUAAACCCCAUCGUUAUCGGACGACACGCUUUCGGUGACCAGUAUCGUUCUACAGACUUUGUUGCACCAGGACCUGGAAAACUCCAGCUUGUCUACUCGCCAGCAGAUGGCAGCCCAAAGACUACCAUGGAUGUCUAUGAUUUCAAAGGAAAGGGUGUGGCGAUGAGCAUGUACAACACUGAUGAGUCUAUCACUGGAUUUGCGCACUCUUCCUUCAAGAUGGCAUUGCUGAAGAAGAUGCCUUUGUUCAUGUCAACGAAGAACACCAUUCUCAAGAAGUACGACGGUCGGUUCAAGGAUAUUUUCCAGGAGAUCUACGAGGCCCAAUACAAAUCUUUGUUUGAGAAAGCCGGCAUCUACUAUGAGCACCGUCUCAUCGACGACAUGGUUGCACAAGCCAUCAAGUCAUCAGGCGGAUUCGUCUGGGCAACGAAGAACUACGAUGGUGACGUCCAGAGCGAUAUCCUCGCACAAGGUUUCGGCAGUCUCGGAAUGAUGACCAGCGAGCUGAUCACUCCUGACGGAGAAGUCGUGGAGAGUGAAGCUGCACACGGUACGGUCACGCGACACUACCGCGAGUACCAGAAGGGCAACGAGACGUCCACCAACCCCGUCGCUUCCAUCUUUGCUUGGACACGCGGUCUGCUGCACCGUGCGAAGCUCGACGGGAACGAACCUCUGCGCGCGUUCUGCGUCGACCUCGAGAAGGCAUGUGUGGAGGUGAUCGAUGAGGAUGGCGUGAUGACGAAGGACUUGGCGCUUGCCAUCUAUGGGAAGGGAAUGAAGAGGGAACAUUGGGUGAUCACGGAUGUGUACAUGGAUGCUGUCAACGCUAAGCUGCAGAAGAAGAUUGCAGCGCGCACAUCUGCCAAACUAUAA